AUGCAGGAACCUGGAAGAUUUUGCGACAAGUGUCAGAGUUUUGAUGUGAGCCCGACAGCCUUCCGCUCAUCUCCCUACAAAGAGCGGCGGGUCCAUCAACUGGGCAAGUUCGUCGAAGUCGAAGCGCGUACCGACUGCGCACUUUGCCGAUUCCUGACUGAAGCGUUUCUUAAUGGACCGGGCACUGACAAAUUUUUGCAAGAUGAAGCUUUAGUACAGGGCACUUGGUCUUCCAUAUCAGGCGACCUGCCAAAUGCUUGUUUGGUGUUCUGGCUUGUAGCGAACAACUAUGUCGACAAGCUCGAAUUCAGCAUUAGACAUAUCAGAGAUGAUGAGGUGCCUAUGAUUGGGGAUGCAAGGGUCAUUACUGAUGCGUUGAUCGACGUAAAUCUAGUCAAAAACUGGGUUGAGCUUUGUGAAAAGGAGCAUUAUUGCAAAAGCGUCCCUAUAGAAGCGACGCGAGCUUCCCAGCUACCUGAUGGAUUCAUGGUGAUCGAUGUUGUUGACAACUGUCUGAUUGGCAAGACAUAUCCAUGUCGAUACCUGGCGCUAAGCUAUGUAUGGGGCAAUAGUAUAGCUUUCAAGACGACUUCUCAGAAUGUUAAUGAGCUGCGAACGAAAGGCUCAAUUGGAGACAUCUGGAACCAGCUAUCGCCGACAAUUCAAGAUGCCAUACUAUUUACUCGUCAAUUAGGGGAGCGCUACAUCUGGAUUGAUAGCUUGUGUAUACUACAAGACAAUGCACAGAAUGCGGUUGCCAAUAUUGAAGCCAUGGACUCAAUAUAUAGAUACGCGACGAUGGUCUUGCUCGUUGCAGAAGACAAUGCAGCUUCGAGAGGGCUGCCCGGAGUUUCGAAUCCUCGUCAAGUACAUCAAUUUCGCUCAGAGCUUUCGCCCGGAUUACCUGUUCUGGGUCGCUUUAAUCACAGCGCGUAUUUGGACCAAGCCAGAUAUAGAUCGCGAGGAUGGACCUAUCAAGAAGAGCAGCUUAGUACACGAGCGCUUAUUUUCGCAAACCACCAACUAUAUUUCGCUUGCCCUUCUCAUGUCUAUGGGGAAGACGUUUAUGAAGGCAACCAAUUGGGCCCGGAUGACAUUCUCAGAUUCCCAGACAUUACAUCCAGGUAUAUCCGUGAGGGUCAACCCCAAUCAGUCAUGUAUUUCCGAUCUGUACAAGCUUAUACUUUGAGGACCUUGACCUUCCCAUCCGACACACUAAAGGCCUUCAGCGGCAUGGGCGCUGUGUUAGGCCAAGCACUGUCAUCGGAAAUGAUUCACGGACUCCCUGCGUCUAUUUUCGAUCUGGCUCUUCUCUGGCAGCCGGCUGGGAAAAUGAGCCGUAAAGAAGGCUUCCCUUCCUGGAGUUGGGCUGGGUGGCAUGGAGCCGUGCGGUGGAAUGGAGAUACCAUGGAACUUGCAUCGUAUGGAUCUCUACCAGACCUAAAGCAAGAGCUAGAAGUGAUAACAAAAUGGAUCAGAACACGCACUUGGAUUGACUGGAAAUAUAGAAACCAAAAUGGAACCGAAAACUUGGUAUGGGAGCGUAACAGAGAAGGAAAAGCCGGGAGUGUUUUUUGGCCUUCCUCCGGAUAUCAUGAAGUCUCAGAGAUUGGCUACGACUCCAAGGCUGCCACUAACAUAAAUCCUUAUGGUCGCCACUCUAGCUCUGAUCCAACCAUAACAGCUUAUAAAACUCGUCAUUCAUCGCCACCUGCCGUAUGCCUCAACCUGGCCAAAAUUCCCGAUUAUCUUCAACCUCUAUGCUUUCAGACGCUUUCAGUUCAGCUGUUCAUGAAACCUUCGAAUCAUUACCUUCGCUAUGGCUCUGUUGAUCCAGUUUGGGAGCCAAAUGGACGCGUCGUCUUUUUGCUGUACACUGAGGACUUACAAACGUGCGGGUACGUCUUGCUUGAUGAAGUAUGGAAGUCCAAGUUUUGCGCUGAAGAGUCCUAUGAGUUUUUACUUCUGUCCGAAGCAAAUUACUACUGUGACUGGGGACGCCCGCAUGAAGACCACCCUUUCAAAAGGUUCAACGGCUACCGAGAUUACGAGGAGUUUCACGUUAUGAUGAUAGAGUGGAAAAAAGUUGGCGGAGACGGUACUAAAGCUGCGGAGAGAGUCGGUCUGGGGAGGGUUCUAAAGGAGGCUGUUAGGACUACAGACGCUAAGAAUAUUGCUUGGAAAGAAGUUGUCCUCAUUUGA